AUGCGCGCUCUCUCAUUUCUGCUGGUGCUAGCGCUUGCUGUGCUUACCAGCGCACGAAGCUCACAGCAUGUGGGAAAGAAACUUGAAAGACCAGCUCCCAGAGAUAACAUCUUCGCCGAGCGUUCGCAGCAGCAGCCUGUGAAGCGCUCAGCGGAGCAUAAGAAGAAACAGAGCUAUCUGAACAGCAAGUCGUCGAAAUUUGUUGUCAAUGGCUCUGCCAUCCCCGAAGUAGACUUUGACGUUGGCGAGUCAUAUGCCGGAUUGCUUCCCAUUUCGGACCACGCCAAUGAAACCUCCAAGCUCUGGUUCUGGUUCUUUCCGUCCGAGAAUGAGCUUGCGGGAGACGAGAUUCUCAUCUGGCUCAAUGGCGGUCCAGGCUGCAGCUCGCUCGAAGGUCUUUUGCAAGAGAACGGCCCAUUCCUCUGGCAAUGGGGCACGUUCAAACCUGUUCCUAACCCUUGGACCUGGGUCAACCUGACCAACGUCGUGUGGAUUGAUCAGCCCGUGGGUACCGGAUUCUCACAGGGUACCCCCACGGCGACGUCUGAAGCAGAUGUGGCGGAGCAGUUUUUGGGAUUCUGGAAGCAUUUCGUCAAAACGUUUGACCUCGAGAAGCGCAAGGUGUACAUUACCGGCGAGUCAUAUGCCGGCAUGUACGUGCCUUAUAUUGCCGAUGCAAUGCUCAACAAGAAUGACACCAAGUAUUACAAUCUCGAGAGCAUCAUGAUAUAUGACCCGAGCAUUAGCUCCGAUGUCGUCACUGAAGAGAUCCCCGCCGUCGCCUUUGUGGACAACUGGCCAGGUCUCUUCUCCCUCAACUCUACUUUUAUGGACGACAUUCACGACCGCGCCGAUGCAUGCGGCUACACGUCCUUUUUGAACGAAUAUCUCGUGUAUCCGCCCAAGGGACCCUUGCCCAGUCCGCCCAACAACACCGUCACAGCCUCAUGCGAUCUGUGGGAUGACAUCUACUACGCCGCGUCCGAAAUCAACCCUUGCUUCAACGUGUAUCAAAUCGCCACCACCUGUCCUUUGCUCUGGGACGUCAUGGGUUUCCCUGGGUCCUUUGGCUACGUACCCGAUGGCGCUUUUAUUUACUUCAACCGCACCGACGUGCAGAAAGCCAUCAAUGCCCCCAUUGGCGAAUACGAAGAAUGCUCCUCCAUUAACGUCUUCGUCAAUGGAACAGACUUGUCUGAUCCUCCCGCGCUCAACGGCGUCUUGGCCUCUGUCAUUGAACGCACAAACAAGACCAUCAUCGGUCACGGCGCGAUCGAUUAUGUCCUCCUUUCAAACGGUACCCUCCUUGCUAUCCAGAACAUGACCUGGAACGGUGCCCAGGGAUUCUCCGAGGAACCUCAGGACGAAUUCUACGUUCCCUAUCAUGAUGAUCCUAGCCUCAGCACCCUUGCAGGCGCAGGUGUGUUUGGUAGAUAUAGAACCGAAAGAGGCCUCACUUUUGCGGAGGUCUCGCUUUCCGGCCACAUGAUUCCCCAGUUUGCACCCAGUGCUGCAUACAGAUUGCUGGAGUUUAUGCUGGGCAGAAUUGAUGAUCUGAGCCAAACCAGCGAUUUCACAACCCAGUCGGGAAAUUAUACAGGUAAUUUCUCUCUGCCAGGAUGA